UCAUUAUAUACCUUAAGCAUACAAUACAAUUAAUUUAAAAUAGAAUUUUUUAUGUUGGAAUAGUUUUACAUAAAAGUUGCAGACAGUAUAGAAAGUUGCAUGUAUAUCCUUAAGUUUUCCCUAAUGUUAAUAUCUGAAUGCUACUAUGUGACAUUUGUCAAAACUAAGAAACCAACCUUGGUAUGUUGUUACUUUUUUUUUUUUUGUAGUACCAGGGCUUGAAGUCAGGACCUUGCUCUUUCAAGGCAGGCGCAGUGCCACUAAGCUAAAUCCCCACCCCCCCAUACAUUACUAUUAAACUCCAGACCUUGUUCAGAUCUCAGAGAUUAUUUACAUGCACUCCUAAAUGUGUGUGUUGUUGUGUCCUUUGUCACACAUAGAUUCAUGUGUCUGCCACCCCAGUCAAUACACCUGUCUGUUGUCACAAAGGAACUCUUGUACUACCUGUGCAUUGUCACUCUACAUCACGCGUCUUCUCCCUGCAAUCCCUAAGCCCUGGAAAUCACUACCUCUUUAUCACUGCAACUUGCUAUUUAUGUGACACUGAUGGCUGUAUACAGUACGAACUCUUUUGACAAUGGCUUUCCCCCGCUCCCACAGCAUAAGGCCUUUGAAUCGCAUCCAAGUCUUUACAUGUAUCAAUAGUUUGUUCUUUUUUAUUGCUGUAGAUAUGAUACUUUAAUCAUUCGUCUGUUGCAGGACAUUGGGCUAGUUUGCAGAUUUGGACUACCAGUAUUACAAGUAAAGCUUCUAUGAAAACUUGAAUGUACGAUUUGUUGAUGUCGAGAUUUCAUUUAUCUGGGAUUGAUGUCCAGAAGUGUGAUUGCCCUUCAUCCCGGUGGAGGCCUCCUGUCUCGUCUCCAUCUUGAGCCAAAGACAUAUUCCCGCCUUCCUGUUUUUGUCCACUCUUUAAUGAGAGAAAUACUUGCAGAACCCUUACCUACACUGAAACCAUCUAUCGAGGAAAGAAGAUAUGCAGUCACGUCUCAAGACGUUCUACUCUACUCUCAAGGUUCCCUGUCCGCUUUCUAGAAGUUCCUGGCAGGAAGAGGUGGCUCACUUCUGCCCCCCUCUGUCCUAGCCAGUCACACGUACUGACUUCAACAGCGCAAGAGGCCCAGCCCUGGACCCCAAGGUACUUCAGGGACGUGGGUGGCAGAGGAGACAAUGAAGCCUCAGUCUAGAAGAGGGGCUGAUCCUGUUCUGCUGGCCCCGACAGGCCCGAGUCCGGGGUACUUCUCUUCCGUGGGAAUGGCUGGUGUCCUCCUGGAACAUGAGCUGCAGGAUAACAUUUCUACUGGACUGGUGCUUCCCAACUCCCAGACCCAGGCUGCCUUUAACCGUCUGCAAAUCUCAUCUUUAGCUCUUACAGCAGUGCUUGGACAGUGCUCAGUUCUCAGGGGCGGUUUGAUAGCUGAGUCGCAAUGCUUACCAAUUAAUCAAGCAACCAACCAGCCAAGUCGAAUGUCCUCAGUACGACGGACCUCCAAGAGGUUGUCCUUACAGUGGGACUGAAUCCAGUAAGCUCCUAGGUGUUUGAGCUCACUUCUGGUGGUGUCCACACCCCGGAGCCCUGGAUAAAUAUGGAAGUGACAAAUCUGAGCCGCAGGAUGGAGUUUGAACUCUUGGGCCUCACCGGAGACCCCCGGCUCCAGAGGCUGCUCUUUGUACUGUUCCUGGGCAUGUACACUGUCACCGUGCUGGGGAACCUGGUCAUGUUCCUGCUGAUCCAUGCGACGGCCGCCCUGCACACACCCAUGUAUUCCCUCCUGAAGAGCCUGUCUUUCUUGGAUUUCUGCUACUCCUCUACAGUUGUACCCCAGACUCUGGUGAACUUCUUGGUCAAGAGAAAGGUGAUUUCCUAUCUCGGCUGCAUGGCUCAGAUGUUCUUCUAUGCAGGUUUUGCCACCAGCGAGUGCUAUCUCAUCGCGGCCAUGGCCUACGACCGCUGUGCUGCUAUUUGUAACCCAUUGCUCUACUCCACCAGCGUGUCUCCUGGGGUCUGCAUCUCGCUGGUCGCAGGCUCCUACAGUGCAGGAUUUCUCAACUCCCUUAUCCACACAAGCUGUAUCUUCAGUCUGAAAUUCUGUGGUGCUCACGUGGUCACUCACUUUUUCUGUGACGGACCACCCAUCUUGUCCCUGUCCUGUGUGGACACUUCACUGUGCGAGAUCUUGCUCUUCAUUUUUGCAGGUUUCAACCUUUUGAGCUGCACCCUCACCAUCUUGGUCUCCUACUUCUUAAUCCUCAUCACCAUCCUGAGGAUGAAAUCAGCCCAGGGCAGGCUCAAAGCAUUUUCCACCUGUGCGUCCCACCUCACUGCUGUCUGCCUGUUCUUCGGUACAACCCUUUUUAUGUACCUGCGUCCCAGGUCCAGCUACUCCCCGACCCAGGACCGCACAGUUGCUGUGAUCUACACAGUGGUGAUCCCAAUGCUGAACCCCUUAAUCUACUCACUGAGAAACAAGGAUGUGAAAGAUGCUUUAAGAAAGGCUUUGGGCAGGAAAUUGGUGGAAUGACCUUUUCAACUCAUUGCCGUGUCUCUAGAAAGCCCUGGGACCUUUCCCUUAUGUGGUGCUACGCUGAGCAGAUUCCCUGCUUCCCCUUUGAAUGGUGGCUGUCCCUGCUGAUCUGCAGAAGCGUCUACAUCAUCUACCUGCCACAGGAAGAACUGAGGUUGUCAUAGAGACUAAGAAGCCAGAGGGACUAUUUUCUUCUUACAUAACUA